UCUCUCAUGUUUAUUCAUGCAGAGCGAAGGUUUUAUAAUUUACACAAAGGGCUGGUGUAUCCAGCCCCCUGUGUUUCUGAAGGGGAGGAAAGAUGACGCCAUUCAGAAGCCACUGAAGAAGGAGAUUGGAGGCUUGAAGGCAAGGACCCCAUCCCAGGUUCUGAUGCUUUGGCUGCAAAUAAUGAGCUGGGGACUUGCGGCACCAGGAGUGUUAGUAGGUACCCAAACAGAUGCUGUAGCCCAUCAGUUCUCAAACUUGACUGCCAAUAAGCCAUCUGGACAUCUUUUAAAUAUCCAGCUGCCCUGCCUGCCCAUCAGAUCAAUUAUAUCAGAUUGUCAGAGGGCAGGGCAUACACGCCAGCAUCUUGUAAAUCUCCCAAGACGAUUCCAUUGUGCGGCCAGGGCGGCAAAUGACUGGGCUGGACCAGCGCUUCUCCGGGGUGGCCUCCUCCUCUUGGUCUGACUCCCGCCAACUUACUCUUCAACUUUCAGCUAAAAUAUUUCUCCUUCAGCGGUUUCCUCUGGGUAAGCCCAUCUCACCCUGCCCUCAUCAAUAACUCAUAGCACCUGUCAGUGUAUUUGUUUUUUCUGAUCAGUCUCUCUCGAUCAGCUGAGCUCAAGGCCUGCCUCAUUUAUGGGCAUAUUUCCAAAACCUAGCACACACAGGCCCUCAGUGCAUGUUGGCUGAAUGAAUAAGUUACAGUACACGCUCAUGAAACCUUCAGAAGACGUCUGAUAAGGGGAACAUUUUACUUGGAGAGAUCUUGAUUGAGCAUUAUUUUAUCUUCAUUUUCCAUUAAGGCAGUAACAUUCCUCCUGGAGGCAGAUGGGGGGAGAAUUGUCUGGGGGCUACAUUAAGUGCAGAUUAAGACAAAGCCAACCACUUUGCAAUCAGAUGCAGCAGAAAUACAGAUUAUGGGCUGGGAGAAGUCAUAUCUCGGCUUCCUGAGCCUACUGACAAGGAGCAGACCAGGGCAAUGCAUUUCAGUCGCUUUAGAAAGUGACUAAGUUCCACUACACACCACCCCUAAAGCAGAUACCCACUCCAUGAGCCCUUCCACCAUGACAGAAGGGGUCUGGCAUUGGUGCCCAAUGCUCUGUUGAUAUUUAGCCUUUGGUAAGUUUUCAAGGAAACUGCAGUCUAUUAGAACUGCUCAAGAGCACUGAGUUCCUUGGGUUUUGUUUAGGAAUUCUUUAAAUAUCCAGUAAAUUAACUCUGCAUAAAGCAACUGUGCCAGUUCCUAGCCAGCUUGAUACCUGGCUAGGUAUGUGUGUAUGUGAGUGUGUCGGUGGGGGUCAGGUUUCAGGUUGAGGUUGGGGCACUAUUAAUUGGCACAUAUGACCCCUGAGAAUUUGGGGGUACCAAAAAAGUAAACAUUGAUCCUAUGGCCCAGCAGACAUCGCAUGCACUAUGAUCUAAGAGCAAAUGAAAUCAGAGCAAGGCAGUUCCCACAGAUAUUUAGCCACACUG